AUGGCGGCUGCAGUCGAAACACCAUCCGCGCUAAUCGUUCCCCCUACAGCAAAGUUCGCCAGCGCCAAGCCUCCAAGGGCGUGGUGCCCUAGGCAAGACAGUGAUCCCCGCGGAAUGGCGGCCGUUUCGGUCAAGCCAAAGGCCGCGGCCCUAGAGGGAGCAGAUGAAGGCAUUAUCGAUGUCUACCACGGAAGGGACCCCCCUUUUCGGCCAAUGGAUCACUCGGCCAUCGACCUAUACGGCAUGACCCCUGAAAAAUUGGAGGCCAAGGCAGAAGGACUCCUUAUUACCAACAAAUCCGACUCGGCCAUUAAGGCCGUAUACCAGGCGAACCGAGAGGCCAGGGCAAGAGGGAUGCCAGGUUACCAACCCGAGCAGGAAAAAUUGGAGGCCAAGGCCCCCUUCGGCAGAAGCGAUUUGGAAUACCUCUGCCGAUAUUUUACUGUGACCCCAGCCGACACCAUCUUCGGUCUGAUGGCCGAAGAAAGGGCCUGGGUAAGCCGACUGGAUGAUUACUUAGCGGCCAGGGAUACGUUAGCUAAGGCGAGGCAAGCCCUCGAAGAGGAAGUCGGGACCUCGGACAUCCCUAAGACCAAAGCGGCCACAGACGAUACCCCUGGGACUGCAAGGCCUAUGGCCGAGGGCCCCUGGCGACCUUCUCUUUGGUCACGAGGCUGA